CUGGGUGAAACAUUAGGAGCGCAGAAAAGAACAACUUGUAACUGUGUGCUUGAACAGUAUAGCUGUUAUCAUAUACACUUCAGUAAGGCGAGGGGAUUAUAUGUACAAUUUUUACUAUUCUUCCAGGUACCAACAGAGGUAGAUGCAUUGCUGAAGCAAUGUACACCUUUCGAAGACGGAAGAUACGUAGUAGAUAAAUCAACCCCUGAACAGACGGUAAAACAACAUCGAAUUUUGACAAGAGUGGCAACCCAGCUUGGAGUUGUGCAGGCUGAGUGUGAUCAAGCCGGGAGAAACAAGUACUGUUACAUAUGUCAGACGCUGAAGCCGGACCGAUCUCACCACUGUUCGUCAUGUGGCAGAUGCGUUGUUAAAUUUGACCAUCAUUGUCCGUGGAUUAAUCAGUGUGUUAAUCAUAACAACUACAAGCCUUUUCUGCUGUACAUCUUCUACAGUACACUCCUUGUCAUCUGGUUCUUGCUGACUUCGAUCGAGUGCUUUAUACGAUUCAUUAUAAACGCUAACUGGCUCCAAGAUGCCAUCCCUCUCGCUCUACUGAUUACUGUUAUUGCCACAUUUGGAGUGUUUGGGUACUUCCCUCUUGGAGAGAUGCUAAUCUUCCAUUAUGGAUUGCUUUCAAUCAACGAGACUACUUGUGAACAAGCGAAACCUGCUGUGUUGAAAUUCGACUUUAAAGCAGACUACAAUCAGGGCAGAGAGAAGAACUUUCAGCAGGUCUUUGGUUGGGGAUUAUGGCUGUUUCCUUUGAAAACCAGUCUCGAGGAUGGAAUGCACUUCGAAAUACGCUACGAAGAUCCCUCGAAUCAGAUGCGAUUCAAGCGAGUGAUUGUGACAUCGGCAGACGACGAAGUGACAGGCGAGAACGGCGUAACAACUCUCUAUAGGGAAACGCUCGCUCUGGGACCGUUCAUUCGACGACGACGCAUCUGCUGA